AUUUAGUUUUUAUUUUUAAAUAAAUUAAUACGCUGUAGUUUUUAUACAAAUGGACAAGCGCAAAAUGAUGCCCAAAAGACCACGUAUGGAUAAUUUACGCGGACCAAUUGCAAAUGGUCCAAUGCAAACGCGACCGUUAGUUGCAUUAUUAGAUGGCAGAGACUGUUCAAUUGAAAUGCCAAUAUUAAAAGAUGUUGCCACAGUCGCAUUUUGUGAUGCUCAAAGUACGUCAGAAAUACAUGAGAAAGUAUUGAAUGAAGCUGUUGGGGCUUUAAUGUGGCAUACAAUUAUACUAACAAAAGAAGAUUUGGAAAAAUUUAAAACAUUACGAAUUAUUGUACGAAUUGGUUCGGGUGUUGAUAAUAUUGAUGUGAAAGCAGCAGGCGAGCUUGGUAUUGCUGUGUGCAACGUACCUGGUUAUGGUGUGGAAGAAGUCGCAGAUACGACAUUAUGUCUUAUACUAAAUUUAUAUAGACGCACAUAUUGGUUAGCAAAUAUGGUUCGAGAAGGGAAAAAAUUCACAGGUCCUGAACAAGUACGUGAAGCAGCUCAAGGUUGCGCUAGAAUACGAGGGGACACAUUAGGAAUAGUAGGACUAGGACGAAUUGGUUCAGCAGUAGCAUUACGAGCAAAAGCAUUCGGAUUUAAUGUGAUUUUUUAUGAUCCAUACCUUCCAGACGGCAUAGAAAAAUCACUUGGAUUAACACGAGUAUAUACUCUACAAGAUUUAUUAUUCCAAUCAGACUGUGUAUCUUUGCAUUGCACGCUAAACGAGCACAAUCAUCAUUUAAUAAAUGAAUAUACAAUUAAACAAAUGAGACCUGGAGCAUUUCUAGUAAACACUGCACGAGGUGGUUUAGUUGAUGAUGACUCAUUGGCAACAGCAUUAAAGCAAGGACGAAUUCGAGCCGCUGCACUUGAUGUACAUGAAAAUGAACCGUAUAAUGUGUUACAAGGGCCGUUAAAAGAAGCCCCUAAUUUAUUAUGUACGCCUCAUGCCGCCUUUUACAGUGAUGCUUCGGCAACAGAAUUACGAGAAAUGGCUGCAAGUGAAAUACGUAGAGCUAUUGUAGGACGUAUUCCAGAAUGUUUACGGAAUUGUGUGAAUAAAGAGUACUUUAUGGGUACUGCUGGAUAUCCUGAAGGCAUGAAUGUUUUAGUAUCGCCAGCGGCAGGUAUCAAUGGUGGCUAUUAUGCAGGUGCAUUGCCAGUACAACAGGCGCAUUCCACGACCCCACAUGAAGUACCCCAUUCAGUAGCGCAACCUCCAGGAGCAGCGGCGGCUCCUGCAAGUGCGGCUGGUGCUCCAGUUUUGUCACAUGCCAUCCAACCAUUAAGUACGCCGGAUCCUUCAAAUCAUCAUUCGCAGAAACCAGAAUCAUCAGAAGUGCACUAACAGCACGCUGUUGUUUAAUUCGAGAGUUCAACCAUUUUACUUCAACAACUACAAAAAACCAUUUCAAAUUGAAGAAUUUAACUUAAAAAAAAAAUCAAAACAAAACAAAAAAAUAUUAAAAAAUAU